GCAGCUACAGGCAGCACCAUGGCCUCUGACCCUAUGGCGGCUAAGCUCCAACUCCUCUCCCUCCUAGUUUUCCUGCUGUCCAUGGCAUUACUGCUAGUCACCGGCGCGGGUGGUGGUGCCAGCAACGGCGGUGUCCAGCUGAUCCUGGUGAACAACUGCGCCGAAUCGAUAUGGCCUGGCCUGCUGGGCACCGCCGGCCACCCGACGCCGCAGUCCGGCGGCUUCCACCUGGCCCCGGGCGACGAGACCGCCUUCGACGUGCCUCUGGGCUGGUCGGGCCGCCUGUGGCCGCGCCGCGGCUGCUCCUUCGACGGCCGCGGGCGGGGCAGCUGCGCGACGGGCGACUGCGGCGGCGUGCUCCGCUGCGACGGCCGCCCCGGCGCGACGCCCGCCACGGUGGUGGAGAUGACGCUGGGCACCCCCAGGUCCCCGCUGCAUUUCUACGACGUGUCGCUGGUGGACGGGUUCAACGCGCCGGUGUCCAUGUCCCCCGUGGGUGGCGGCGCCGGGUGCGGCGUGGCCGGGUGCCAGGCGGACCUCAACGUCUGCUGCCCGUCGGCGCUGGAGGUAAGGGACAGGGAGGGGAAGGUGGCCGGGUGCCGGAGCGCGUGCAGGGCCAUGGGCGGCGACCGCUACUGCUGCACGGGGGACUACGCGUCGCCGGAGAGGUGCCGGCCCACCGUGUUCGCGCACGUCUUCAAGGCCGUCUGCCCAAAGGCCUACAGCUACGCCUACGACGACGCCACCUCCCUCAACCGAUGCAAGGCCAGCCGCUACCUCAUCACCUUCUGCCCGCCGCCAACGUACAGGAAAUAAUUAACCACUUGCUCUGUCUGUCUGUUCCAGCGUUUUUUUUUUGUUCAGAAGAUCAUCGAGUUACUACCUAAACAACAUACUACUAGUAUCUAGUAUGUAGUAUCCGAAAUUCCGAAUCAUGCAUGCAUGUACCUUAACAUUCAGUCAGGUAACUUAAUAAUGUACUGUUAAUAAUAACACACGGCAUCGGCAUCUGAUCUGACA